UGUACCUCCCCCGGCAUGUUUGGCAUCCCAGCCGGACAGAUCACACCCUCCCCAGCCCCUGUUCUCAGGUAUAAAAGGAGCCGAGGUCCCAGCAGCUCUUCACUCUCUGCUCAGAGCCGACACUCAGCCAUGUCUUCGUUCUCCAACCGCAGCAGCUACCUGUCCUCCUCCAUGAUGGCCUCCUCCCGCCGCAGCAGUGGUCUGGGAUCCGGGAGCGUCUACGGAGGAGCCGGAGGCUCCGGAGUUCGUGUCUCCAAGUCCUCCUUCAGUGUUGGAUCUGCAGCAGGUGCUGGUGCUGGUGGCUUUGACCUGUCUGACGCCAUCGAUGUCUCCACCAGCAAGAAGGCCACCAUGCAGAACCUGAACGACCGCCUGGCCUCCUACCUGGAGAAGGUCCGCAGCCUGGAGAAGGCCAACGGCGAGCUGGAGCUGAAGAUCCGACGCUUCCUGGAGAAAAAAGUUGCACCAGAGUCUCACGACUUCUGCGGCUUCAACGUCCGCAUCAAGGACAUGCAGGACCAGAUCAACGUCGCUGCUCGAGGAAACGCCGCCCUCAUCCUCGCCAUCGACAACGCCAAGCUCGCCACCGACGACUUCAAAGUGAAGUACGAGAACGAGCUGGCCAUGCAUCAGUCGGUGGAGGCCGACAUCGGCGGGUUGAAGAGAGUCCUGGAGGAGCUGACCAUGACCCGGGCCGACCUGGACAUGCAGGCGGAGAGUCUGAGGGAGGAGCUGAUCCAGCUCAAGAGGAACCACGAGGAGGACCUGCUGGCUCUGAGGUCCCAGAUGGGCGGUCAAGUGCACGUGGAGGUGGACGCCGCUCCUCAGGAGGACCUGUCCGCCGUCAUGGCAGGAAUCAGAGAACACUACGAGACUGUCGCCAGCAAGAACCGCAGAGACCUGGAGGCCUGGUUCCAGGCCAAGUCGGCUGAGCUGAACAAAGAGGUGGCUGUGAGCACGGAGACCCUGCAGACGUCCAAGUCCGAGAUCGGAGAGCUCAGACGAACUCUUCAGACUCUGGAGAUCAAACUGCAGGCUCAGAUCAGCAAGAAAGCAGCUGUGGAGGGAACUCUGGCUGAGACCAGGUCCCGUUACGCCAACAUGCUGGCAGGUUACCAGAUGCAGGUCGGCGGUCUGGAGGAUCAGCUGGCUCAGCUGAGAGCCGACCUGGAGAAGCAGAGGAUCCAGUACAAUGAACUGCUGGACAUCAAGACCAGGCUGGAGAUGGAGAUCGCCGAGUACAGGAGGCUGCUGGACGGAGACACCGAGAGCCGCUCCGUGACCACCACCACCAAGACCACCAGGGUGGUGACCAUCGUGCAGGAAGUGGACGCCUCUGGAAACGUGGUGACCAGCAGCUCCAGUUAGUCCAGAAACAAAAAGAUGGGCUGUGAACUGAGUCUGUGUGCAGAUUGUCAAUAAAAUGAAGUCUGACGUCA